AUGUCACUUGUCAACCUAGCACACAUGUGCUCGCACAUACAAAAUGUGUCGAAGGCGCGGCUGGGAUUCACAUCGAUCCCCGACUCAAAACUACACCUCAGGCUUGCAUUGGCACUACAAAAUUCCGGCUUCAUAUCAACAGUAGUGCGUGGCGGCCCUACGCCGCCACCUGCCCACAAUCUGCUCAGUCACCCAUCAUCCAACAAUGAGGGCGCCGAAGUUGAACCAGUCACGCGACAGAACAUCGCUUCACGGCGACUUUGGCUAGGAAUGAAAUACUGGAAUAGCGAGCCUGUUCUAGAAAAGAUGUCUUUAAUAAGCAAGCCCACGCGGAGGAUAUGGAUGGACACGGAAGGAUUGAAAAAGCUGGUAUUGGGUCAGAACAGUGGCCACGUGAAGGGUCUGACGACCCCAGGAGAAUGUCUAUACGUGAGCACCGAUCGUGGUAUCUUCGAAGCCCGUGAGUGCGUGGAGAGGAACAUCGGCGGCCAACUGCUGUGUCGAGUGAGCUGA